UGCCUCAAUUGGACAUGGGGUGCAGAAUGUAAUAAGACAUGUGCUUGCCAUAUAAUAAACUCAGACUAUUGCAAUACUGUUACUGGUCAAUGUCUUUGCAAACCUGGAUUUCAAUCCACAAAUUGUGAUUUGGAUAUAGAUGAGUGCCAACAGGCUACUAACUCAUGUAUUUAUGAUAUGCAAUGUGUCAAUACAGUCGGAAGCUACCUCUGUAAGUGA